CUGGCUCCUCCUCCGCGCGCGGCCUGGCGGCGGCGGCCACUCUAGCCAGCGCAAGAUGUCCCUAGAACAAGAGGAGGAAACGCAACACGGUCUGCUCCUAGGAAGCAGCGACGCCGUCCCCGCCUUCAUUGAGCCCAACGUGCGCUUCUGGAUCACCGUGCGCCAAUCCUUUAUUCAACGACUUCUUCAAUGGACGGAAUUAUUAGAUCCUACAAAUGUGUUCAUUUCAGUUGAAAGUAUAGAAAACUCGAGGCAACUAUUGUGCACAAACCAAGAUGCUUCCAACCCUACCUCGGGGGACGAAAGGAUACAAGAAGCUUGGAAGCAGAGUCUUGCCACAGUGCAUCCUGACAGCAGCAACCUGAUCCCCAAGUUUUUUCGACCUGCAGCGUUCCUGCCUUUCAUGGCGCCCACGGUAUUUUUGUCAAUGAUGCCACCAAAAGGGAUCAAGUCCGUGAUUUUACCUCAGGUUUGCCUCUAUACCUACAUGACAGCGUUCAACAGCAUCAAUGGAAACAGAAGUUAUACUUGUAAACCAGUAGAAAGAUCAUUACUAAUGGCGGGAGCUGUUGCUUCUUCAACCUUCUUAGGAGUAGUGCCUCACUUUAUCCAGAUGAAGUAUGGCCUGACUAACCCUUGGAUUAAAAGACUCUUACCUGUGGUCUUCCUCGUGCAAGCCAAUGGGAUGAAUGUCUACAUGUCCCGAAAUAUUGAAUCCAUUAAGGGGAUUGCGGUCAUGGACAAGGAAGGCAACGUCCUGGGCCAUUCCCCAAUUGCUGGGAUAAAGGCUGUUAGAGAAACGGCAGCAUCCAGGACAGUGCUGUUUGGGACCUCUGCUCUGAUUCCUGAAGUCUUCACCUACUUUUUUAAAAGGACCCAGUUUUUCCUGAAAAACCCAGGGUCAUUGUGGAUCUUGAAACUGUCUUGUACUGUCCUGACAAUGGGACUGAUGGCGCCAGUUUCUUUUAGUAUAUUUCCACAGAUUGGACGGAUACAGUGCUGUAGUCAUGAAGAGAAAUUUCAGCCUUCAACAGAAGAAACAGAAAUCUUUUAUCACAGAGGGGUGUAGACAUGAGUUUCAGGUCUGACUUUGACAUCGAUCACUCCCUCUGAGAGGCCUUCCAGGAUUGACAGCACUGAACUGGGUCCCCAUCUGUGUGCUGAUACCACUCUGUUUCACACAUCACGCCUAGCACUAGCCGCACGACAGCAGCCUGUUUGUUGACCCUAUUCCCCAAGUGGACUGUGAGCAGCACCGUGAGAGCAGGGGCUGCUGCCCAUAAGGGUAGCCCAAAAUACAACACAGGCAUGGCCCAGAGUAGGUACCUCGACAUUUGAGUAUUGGACUAACGAUUCCAAUGCACCCUACCCCAAAUUACCAAAGAAUUUAUCUGUGGUUUUGUUUCCCCAAGGCCAGAAUGACGGUUAAUUUCCAAAUCUGGUGAGGAGAGUUUCACAACAGCCUAAAAGGACAAAAUCAGUAAAUGGCUCAGUCUGACCACAAGCUGACACUAACCAAAAUUAAAGUUAGAGAACAAGAUGGGCAACAGCUGCAGGUGGAGGUUUAACCACUACCAGAUGACAGAAAUGUGAAGGCACCUUCCAAGGACAGGAGACUAAAGUUAGAGGCAGCUCCAGGAGGGCGAG